ACUGUAAAAAAGUGCUGUAACGACAUCUGUGAAAAGAUCUGUGUAAAGAUGGCUGAAGCAGUGAGACCAAAGAAAUCAAAGGUGAAAUCCUCUGGAAAAUCACAGGAGAAAAAGAAGAAACAGACUGACAGUUUGAGAAAAGCUGCUGAACCUGCAGAACAUUGUGGUCCGGCCCCGAAGCUCACAUCUGAAUUUACAGAUGUUUUUCUCAGCCUUCCUCCUGAACUACCUGUUUCUGUUCAAGAACCCUCAUGCACCCAGCUCCUAGCAGACCAAAAUGAAAAAGCAGAACAAGAUCAAAACAAAGAUGCAUUGUUUCAAAUUUCGGACACUGUGGAGGUCCCUUCUUGCCCUGGAGACACUGAGUCCGAAGAGUUCACACAAGACUCUGGAAUCAAAAUGGACCAACCUGAUCUGUCUUCUCAGCUGAACCAGUGUAAUGAAAAAACCUUAUGCCAUAAAAUGGAGCUCCUUAAUGUCUCCUCACUUUAUCCAUCACUUCUUGCUUCAUCUGUGGAGCCCCAGCUUCUCGUCAACCUGUCCUCAGUCACUUCUGGAGUAGCACAAGCAUCUCUCAUGCCAAUAGAAGAUAAAGAAGCAGUAAGAAUAGGUCAUAUAAGUCCAGCACCAGCCAUUCUCCCUUUGGCUGAUCAGGAGUCUUCACCCCCCAGUCUAGUACCAGUGCAGCUAGAUAAAGCUGACAGGACCCACGAGAGGCUGUAUCCAGAACUGCCUCAGGAAUGCCAGACAGUCCAGCCUUUCACCAACCAGCAGCUCAAAAUGUGGGAACCAGGUUCCUGGUUGGAGAAUGUAGAGCUACAUGCAUCUGAGUUUCUGGCUCUAGUUCACUGUGAAGGCCAUGAGCUGCAUGAGCUGCUGCUAAAUUACUGGAGGUGCCGAAAGCAGCUGACUCAAGCGCAGACCGAGUUGCAGGCAGCAGUUUCGGACUGCAAAAGUGUGCAAAACAGGCUGUGGAGUUUUAAAGAUGAACAGCUGACGUUACAGGGUCUGUGUGCUGACCAGAGUAAAGUAUUCAGCUACCACCGUUUCCAGCAGGUGGUUUUGAACGAGGGUGUUGUAGCCGAGCUAAAGCAUCUGUUCAAGGUGAAGGCUGAGCUUCUCCACCAGACCAUAGCCCUGCACUCCUACACCUCUGUCUUGUCUCGGUUGCAAGUAGAAUCUUAUAUCUACCACAUGCUCAGCACCAAUCCCCUUACCUGCAAUGUGGCCGUGCAUGAGGCCGGCUCAGGUAAUCACAAAUCACAGUCAUCAUCUCUGAUUCAGCUAAAAGAAAGCAUCAGUGUGCUGUUCAGCUUUACCCGUCGAGUACUAGACGAUUCUCAGUUCCAGAGUGACAUUUAUCUGUGGCUCCAGAGACUGGUAUCUGUUCUUUAUCAUGUUGGCUCCACUGGGGACCAGCUCUUCAUUCUCAACCAUUUACUGUGCUGUCCUGCAGGAAUUAGGAACUGGGGUGUUUCCUUUAUGCAGAUUAAAGUGCUGGAUAAUCCAUCAGGAGUUCAUCACUUCAUGCAGGCAUUGGCUAUUCUUAUGUCUCCAGUAAGAGACCGGGCUGACCUUAUGUGCCAUAUGAAGCCCAGUGAUGUAAAAAGUAACAACAGCUAUUCAGGACCUGAAUCUGCCAACUGGACCCUUGUUGAUGAGGGCGGGGAAGAGGAUGAAGAUCCAGAGACAAGCUGGCUGCUCCUGUCAGAAGAUGACCUUAUUGCUUUGCUCUCUCAACUUUAUUUUGAUCAACUCUUUAUGCACUUACUGGGGAUGUCCUCAGAAGGCAACUACCAACCUCAGGCCACCACAAGUCAAAAAAUGAUAAAGAUAUUUUCAUUUGCUUCGUCACUUGUUGAGUUGCUAGCUGUUGGUCUGCAGACCUACAACCGAGCACGCUACAGACAGUUUGUGAAGAGGAUUGGUCACAUGAUCAGGAUGACGUUGUGCUAUGUAAGUGAUCACUGGGCACAGUACAUCAGUUUAACUGGUGUAAGCAGAAACACAAUGCAGGAACAAUCCUUCUCCAUGGAAAAACUGCAGGUGGAAUUUGACCAUCUUUUCCUUCGAGCCGUCUUACAUGUGCUAAAGGCUAAGAGACUUGGCAUCUGGCUCUUCAUGUCAGAGAUGCCUUAUGGAACUCUGUCUAGUGGAAUGCUCUGGAAAAUAUUUUACAUCAUGCAGUGUGCUGAGAUGGACAGUUUGGACCAGCUGGGCUGCGGUCUGAGUGUGGAGAGCUGCAUACAGCGCCUGCAAGAACCAAGUCAUCAGGAGAAGUUUGAGGUCUGGCUGUCAGAGAUAAAUAGUUCAGAUGGAAUUUGCUUGCUGACAACAUUUGCCCACAUGGCCCAGCCCAGACGCACUGACGCAGACCCUGUUUUUGUCAGGACUCUUGUGCUGGAAAUUUACAAGGUGUCUUACGUUACUGUGGCUACACGAGAGACGUUCUCUAAAGUGGGGAGAGAGUUACUAGCUGCCAUAGCCACGGCCCAUCCAUGCAUGAUUUCUGUCCUGCUGGAGAGGCUUAGAGAGACCAUCGACAAAGUGGGCAUGGUGUCAUUAUACUUGUUUAAGGAGCUUCCCCUGCACAUGUGGAGCCCCAGUUCAGAAGAAGUUGGAGUUAUUCGAAGUUGGUUGCUGGAUCACAGCUUGACUACAGUUGAGAAUAAACUGUCCUGUAUUAUCUUGGAAGGGCUGAACUGGGGAUUCCUGUCUAGUGGCUGUCUUGCCCUGCAAGCUGAAUUACACAAUGAAAUCGCACUGCUGGUGGUAGAGGCCUAUCAGAAGUACCUUACAGACAAACCAUAUGCCGGCAUCAUCUCAGAGGGCAUCAAACAGAUGUCCUAUCUAGCUAAUAUUAUGAGGCUUGGCCAGACUCCAGAGGCAUCCUUCAACCAGUGGGCGUGGGACCUCGUGCUCCGACUGAAGCUCCAUGCCCAUGAGAGGAAUCCCCAGUAUACCUGGUGCCCAUUACCUUCUCACUGUGUACCCAAUGUGCCAGAGGUCACAGACUCACCCAUCAUGCAUCCAGUGCUCAAAGCUCUCAAGGCGGGCGUUCCCAUUGGCUGUUUCCUGGCUCUGGACAGGAGUACCAUCGGGCACAGAUUGGAGAAAUUUUGCAGUGAUGGCAUUCCGCUGCUAAAAAUCUUGGUUGAAACUCGCCACCUCAAAGCUGUUGUUCAUGUGCUGGAAAAUAUUCUACCCAUGGCUUACCACUGCCACUUCUAUCUCCUAAAAAAUGAACAGUUCCUGAACUGUCUCCACCUUUUCUUUAAAUUAGACAGUGGGGCACCUCAGGGAGUAACCCAACAGGUCACUCACAAGGUGACCCAGCAUCUUAUUGGCACCUCGAGUUGUGAGAACAUCAAGCUUCUCAACAGCAUGAUCCAGGCUCACAUAUUGGAGAGCUCAAGGCCGGGCUGUGUGGGAGCUGUGGCUGUGCUAGAAUUCUGGUUGCAGGUUUUGACUGAGCAAAACCUCUGGCACAGAGAUAGAACCAUUUUGUUUCUGUUAGACCAUCUGUGCCGCGCCGCUUUUCUUCACCAGCAGGAGGAAUGUCUUCAUAAACUUCUCUACCAACAGCAUAAGAAUGCUUUAGGUUACCAUGGGGAUAAAGGUCUGUUGUCAUCUCUAAUGGGAUGGAUUGUGGCAGGGAACAUCACUCCAUCCUUUAUCGAGGGCAAUGCACUGACUGAUGAAGUAUGGUUUGCUUGGCUAAUUUUAAACAUGGAAUCCAUUUUUGAAGAAGACUCUCAACUGCGACGCUGUGUUGAGCAUGAGCUCCUCUCAAACCCUGUGCUUUCCCCAGAUCAGGCUCUCAAGAAGGCUCAGGUGCGCUUAAAACUGCAUGUUGUUCCCAGCCUGCAGAGGCUGAUGGUCUAUCGAUGGGCUCAGCAGGCCCUGGCCACACCAGCAGAUCACCCACUCAUGCCUCUCAUUUGGCAGAAAUUUCUACACCUCUAUCUUCGACAGCCUGGCCCAGAAUUUGGACUGGAGGCUAAAGGUUGUAUUGGGAAGCGAUACUUUCACAGUGCAGCCCACAUUGCUCUGCUGAAAGACCUCAGACAGCGGCUGGUGGAGGUGUGUGACUUUCACCAUGCGGCCGGUAAAGCCCUGAAAGUUCAGAGCCCAACUAACGACACACACAGUGAGGGAGAGAUAACCCCAGGAACCCCUAUUACCCAGUACAUGACCUCUCCUAAGCUGCACGUUGAACUGGUUAGGCUUUUUAGUGCUUUUGUGGUGUGGCUGGAUGAUGAAAAUCUACAAAAACAAGAAUUGUACCUGCCCUCAUUACCAAAGCAUUAUGAUCCCCAUAGACUGGCCAAAAUUAUGCAGGGUCAGCAGGAGCUGUGGAUGGAAUAUCUGGACAUUGAGCGAGUCCAGCAUGAGCUAAAUGAAGUUCUUAAUCUGUGGGUGAAGGUAAAAAGUGAGCCAUCCUUCUCUCAGGGGAGCAGCAAUUCCAUCUUCACAGACUUUAUCAAUCCUCAGGCUGCAAAAGAUCGUAUCCUCAUCAAUCUGAUGAAACAUGAGCAACCCCAGCACGCACCACUAUUAGUUACUAUGAAGGCUCCAGUUUGUGACAUCCCCACUGCCAGCCUUUCUGAUGUGGAGACAUCUGCUGCUUUAAUUCAGGAGGACCUUACUAAGCUACAGCAUCAAGCCAGAUUAGCAGCCUUGCGUGAGACACAGCAGGUGGCACUGGACAGCGAGUUGUUAGAGAUCUUGCCUCAGCUCUAUACCAAUCGUGAAGAGCAGCUUUCUAUGCAGCUAGAGUGCAAAGGCAAAGGAGGUCAGCCCUGCCAGGGAGCUGCUCACAUCACCGUUAAGUAUGUAGGCAUGCAUAAACUGGAGCCGGUGCAGAAUCAGAUCCAGUCCCUGAAGUCUGACAUUAAACAGCUACAAGCGGAUGCAGUUAAGCCGCUCCCGCAGAGCCUAGCCGAGGCUGCCGUUCAUACAGAGAACUUCAUCACUUCCCUUGUUAAUUCCUACAAGUUACAUUCCUUGCCAGCCAUGCAGAAGGUGGGAAUUGCGGCCUUCUAUCAGAUUGUGGCAUUCAUUUGUGAUGACAUCCAGAGACACCCACCUACUCGCCAAUUCUUUACCUCCUGUGUGGAAAUCCUGGGACAGGUCUUUAUUAGUGACACUCCAACUGAAUGCAAACGCAUGCUGAAGACCAUUCUGUCGAAGAGGCGUCUGUGUAACCUGCUGUCUCCUUACUUCACUCCCAAUGCUUCACCUUCUGAACUAGUGGCUUUAUAUAAGGGAGUGGUGACAGCACUUCACGCCGACAGCGGAGACGUCAUCUUCAUGCUUCUCACAAAAUUUGACCUGGUACAGUGGCUCUCUGCCACUCAGCCAUCGUUUACUGAGCGGAGUUGUUUGAUGGAGCUCAUCCAUCUGGCCCUCACAGCCUGUGGCCUGGAGCCUGAACCUGAGGUUCUUGUGCCCUUUAACCUCUUUUGCAAGCACUGGACCUACCUUCUGGUUUAUCAGUUUCCUGACCACUACAGUGACUUCCUCAGACUCUUCACAGAGAGUAGCUCAAAACAACUUCUGAGCCCAGAUUGCUGGAGGGCUUCUCUGCAAGUGCUUGGCUGUGGCACUAAUCAGAAAAAGAAAGCGACCUUGUCCAUCUGUCUCUCAACCCAACAGGUUGAUGAAACAAUAGAAUGGCUAUCAAACUACUUUCUGAAGCUGCGUUUGUCCAAUGGAGACUUCCGUAGUUUUGGCAUCCUCUCCAAAUGGAGACCUUACAUCAAGGAAGUAAAGAUGUUUUUGGAGUUUCUGAUCAGUUACCUCAUUAACAUGGAACUGAACAACUGUAGCAAGGAGCCAGUGGGGAGUGGAAGAUUGCUCAAAGCUGUUCAGGACCUCUAUUCAAAAAUGGCUAAACUCUUCAGGCCCUGGAUUCAAGUGCUGGACACAGAUGAUGCAAGCAACCCUCGCUGUUCUCCCUGGCUUGAAUCCGAUAGCACUUCAGCGGUCAGUUUGGUUGGCCUUUCUACGCAGUUAACUGAGUCCUUGCAUAACAAAUUUAAAGAUCGGCUGUUACCAGGUCAAAGAGGUGCCCUGUGGCUGCAUCUCAUGCAUUACUGCAAGAGCUGCACCUUUCCUAAGAUGCCUGAGUAUCUGCUGUAUGAUUAUCACACUGAGUAUAGCAAGCUGCCAUGGAAAGAUCUUCAUCCAGACCAGGAGCUAAUGAACCAGUUCUUCAAUGUGGAAAGAGGAAGCCCGAAGAGUUGUUUUUUGUUUCUGGGCAGAGUGCUGUGUGAAGUCAACUGGGUCAGUGUGUUGAACGACACCCUGAACCCUCAACCUAGUGACAGUGCCCAGACAAUGGUGGUCUACCUCCUCUACCUAAUGGUGUUCCUAGCCAAAGAGGACAAUCUCGUCAGCAAAUCUGAUUCUCCCCUUCUGAAUCUCCUUGGUCAGUCAACUUCUCUGCCUUGGCACCUAGUAGACUUCUCUUCGUACCAAAAUGUAACAGGAUACGUGAAUACACACUACCCGGCUACUCUUGUUCUCAGCCAAGAUACAUCUUCAAAGCUUGUGAUCAAACUCCUGAAAAUGUCUGCUGGUUUUGGAUCCACUUUAGAGGAACUUCAUCACAAAGACAUGACUCUGAAGUGCCAAGCCUUUCUUCGUCUUAUGGUGCAGUUCCUGACAUCUCUGGAUCAAAAUGGUAAUAUCAGUUUGGCUUUCCUAGAAACCGAGCUGGAGAGGCUUAUGGAUUGCAUUGUGCUUUUUAACCCCCCUGUAAGUGACAAUCAGCAGAGGCACAUGGCCACGUGCAGCCUGUUUGCUGAGCUGCUGAGCCUGUUAAACACAGCAAAUGUGUCAACAGCCGAAGGCCUUGCUACCAAGCUCCACUCCUGGGUGAAGAAGAAGGAUAGGAGUCCCCUGGUGUUGCCUCUUCUUACUGCUACCUGCAGAUGCCUGGCCUCUGUACGCCAUAUGGCUCACACCACUGAGGCCUGCAUACUGUCAUACUUUACUAAUGGUGGGUCUGUGGAUAAGUACUCUGGCUGGGGGCCCAUCCUGGUAUCCCUCCAGGUUCCUGAACUCACUGUAGAGGAAUUCAUCCAAGAGAGCCUGAAUCUGGGCAGUUACCUCACCCUCUAUGUCUACAUCCUUCAGAAGCUCAACAUGGAGCAAACCCUGCUCAAUGAGAAGAAAACUCUGAUGCUGCUUAACUCCUGGAUUAACCAAGUUUUUCCUAGAAGUCCAGCAGAUGAGGCCAAGGUGUUCCUGUGGUGGCAUAAGGCCUUGCAGCUGCUUCAGGUUCAGGUGAAUCAGUGUGACCCCUGUGAGCUGGACACACUGGUACUUGUCAUUAUUUCCCUCCAGAGUCACCUGACCCAGCUGGGAGAGGAGAGACUCAAUUCAGGUUUCUUCGGAGCGAUUGGCCUGGGCCGCAAGUCACCACUCUCCAAUAAAUUUCGAGUAGUUGCACGUAGCAUGUCAGCAUUCCUUCUGGUGCAGGUGCCAUCAGAAAACCAGUUACGCACUCAGCCAGGAACAGAGCUGCAGCUGUCACAAAAGGCCCAUCAGGCUUUUGCAUUGCUGGAGGCCACGUUGAGCAAUAAACAGUAUUCUGAACUGCAGCCAACUUUGAGCCAAGCCUGUCAGUUUAUUAAGUACCCAGGUCACUGCCUUUAUGAUGCCAACCGUCUUUUAUCCCUGCUUAUCAACUCGCUUUACCCGGAUCUUCAUUACUUAGACAUCAUGCGCUAGAUAUCGAGGCCAGAAUCACAGACUCAAUAACCAAGGUUCUGCACAAGUUCUGCCAACAUGCACUGAAGAAGAGAUUCUAAAGUACUCUGGACUCGAGAGGAGUAUGUGCUGUGUUUGGGCGGUAUACAAAAAAAGUGUUAAUGGCUAAAAGCUGAAUACAGUGUAUUUAGUAUUGUAUUCCGUUAAAUGCAGAAAAGGGUCAGACAUUCAAAAUACAUUUAAAUAUCACACUGUUCAGUGUUACUGGUGUAGUGAGGUGUGGAGUUAUAUUACACAGUCUGUUUCUGCCCUGCUAAUAAUAACAUAAUUUAAGAAAUUAUAAAAUGUUAAGGUUUUUAUAUUGUAAAAAUACACUGAUC